AUGCCAGCUAACCUCACAGAGCGCGGCCCGGACUCCGACGCUUCCAGAGGGACCAGGCAGACCCUGGAUGCUUCCCCAGUCCUCUGCACAGAAACGGUAACUUUCACGGAAGUGGUGGAAGGGGAGGAGUGGGGCUCCUUCUACUACUCCUUUAAGACUGAGCAGUUGAUAACUCUGUGGAUCCUGUUUGUUUUCACCAUUGUUGGAAACUCCAUGGUGCUGUUCUCUAUGUGGAGGAGGAAGAUGAAGUCAAGAAUGACCUUCUUUGUGACUCAGCUGGCUAUCACAGACUCUUUCACAGGUCUGAUUAACAUCUUGACAGACAUCAUUUGGCGAUUCACUGAAGACUUUCUGGCACCUGAUCUCGUUUGCCAAGUGGUCCGCUAUUUGCAGAUUGUGCUGCUCUAUGUUUCUACCCAUGUGCUGGUGUCCCUCGGCAUAGACAGAUACCAUGCCAUUGUCUACCCUAUGAAGUUCCUGCAAGGAGAAAAGCAAGCCAAGGUCCUCAUCGUGAUUGCCUGGAGCCUUUCCCUUUUCUCCAUUCCCACCCUGAUCAUAUUUGGGAAAAGGAAACUCUCUAACAGUGAAGUGCAGUGCUGGGCGCUAUGGCCUGAUGACUCCUACUGGACCCCGUACAUGACCAUCGUGGCCUUCCUGGUGUACUUCAUCCCCCUGACAAUCAUCAGUGCCAUCUAAGCCAUUGUGAUCCGAACCAUUUGGAUUAAGAGCAAAGCCCAUGAGACCGUGAUCUCCAACUGCUCGGAUGGAAAGCUGUGCACCAGUUACCACCGAGGGCUCAUCUCAAAGGCAAAAAUCAAAGCCGUCAAGUAUAGCAUUGUCAUCAUUCUGGCCUUCAUCUGCUGUUGGAGUCCAUACUUCUUCUUCGACAUAUUGGACAAUUUCAGUCUUCUUCCGGAUACCAAGGAACGCUUCUACGCCUCUGUGAUCAUUCAGAACCUGCCAGCCUUGAAUAGCGCCAUCAACCCUCUCAUCUACUAUGUCUUCAGCAGCUCCAUCUGCUUUCCCUGCAGGGAGCGAACAUCACGGGAUUCCAGAAUGACAUUCCAGGAGAGAACUCAGAGGCGCGAGAUGCAGGUUCUAUCCAAGCCAGAACUUGUCUAG